GUAUCGCGGUUUAUUCGUCGUUUUUAAAUGUAAUUCAAAUAUUAUAACUACUUUAUUCAAACUCGAUUAACACUUUAAUUGUUGUACUAUAUUUGUAAAUUUAAUUUGAGUGUCAUUCAAGUGAAAAUAAUUCAAGUGAAUUAAUUCAAUGGAGAAUGACGUACGAUGGAGAAGAUGGGCGGGAGGAAAAAAGGGAAAUUUGGUGGAAAAAAAUACGAAUCACGUCAAAGAUAUUAUAAAAAUUUUUAAUAUAAUUCUAUAAAGUAAAUUUAUAUUUUAAAAAAUAAUAUUAAUUUAAAUAUUAAAUUAAAUUUAAUUAUUUAUAAGUAAUAAAAUUGAAUAAAUUUGAAUAUAAAGACGACAAUAUAAAUCGGCAAAGCUGAUAAUAAUAGUUAGUCGUGGGCGUAAUCAUGUUCGGUACGAAGUUGCGUACGUGGAUGGAGGCGCAUAUUGUGCGACCAAAGAAAAAAAAAGAUAGAAAGAAAGGUGAAAAAGGUUUUGAUUCAAAUUGCAACUCACCAGGUAGUCAUAGUAAUAAUCGAUCGCCAGGACUUCAUCAGGUUUACCCACUUAACUCACCAGUAAAAAACGUAGACAAUAUUAUUUUGAAGAACGGUUCAACGACAACGUACGUAGGUGCAACAACAAACUCGUCUGGAACUUCAGGUGGAACCGGAAGUGUUAAUUUAUCAUCACCCGAAAGUGCUUAUAGUACCGGGUAUUCGACAGACGGAACAUCGCCAGGAGCCAGUUAUCCACCAGAGUAUUAUAUAAAUAUCAGGACGGGGACGCAUUACUUUCAAAGUAACAAAGGAGGUCGCGUUAACAAGCGACCAGGUGAUACUGCCAGUAUAAUGGUCAACGGUCCGGUAAAUGAGACCCAGAUUGACGAGUGCGUUGAGAAUGUCAGGGUGAAUGGUAACAUUAACAUGACACGAGAGAACAAACUCAUCAGAGAAUUAAAAACUACUAUUCCCUUUAAGACUGCAGAGGCAGUUAACCAUCUAGUCAACAAGCAGAGUCAGCUGAAUUCGCAGACUCAUCAGCGAGACUCCCUUCAACUGCACCAACACCAGCAGCAGUAUCAUCAUCAGCAACCGCAGCACAGAAGGACCGAGUCAUAUUCAACCGAUGUAACGGCUCGUAAUAGUUUACCAGUGCCCUCGUCAAUUCCUCCGCCCUUAAUUUCUUCGCCCGCAGCUCAAUCACCCCGACAACGUUCCCGCAUUCGAACAAACCCAUGGCUUUCGGCCAAUUCUUCUGGUUCCAGUACUGCUACAACAACAACAACAGCAACAACUGGAACAAUUGCAAAUGGUUACAACAAAUCACGUUUAACCCUUGACGAGACCAGUAGUAGCUCUGGUCUUAAGCUCACUGAGUCUUCCGGAAGUGCUAGCGAUGUGAAUGUUAAUAACCAUAGGAACGGCCACGCCAAGAGGGAGUGCCGACAGGAGAGCCUCAGCGCAGGGCGUAGUCCAAUAAAUCAAAACUGGAGGAUUUCACCAGCGAUGGAUGUUAGAUCAAAGAUAACCGGAUUAUUAAGGAGAGAUAGCAGUAGUUCAUCAGAAACAUCAUCAAUGACACAGAGUUUUCGGUCUUCUGAAGAUGACAUUACGCUUAAUGAAAUGAUGGGUAAAUUUGACGAGAGUUAUAUUUAUGAAAAAGAGACUGACAUUUUGUCAGACAGUGAUCCAACUGAUUGCGAGGAUUAUGUCAAUCAUUCACCGUCGGACAUUGACACUGGUCAGGAUGGCGGUGAUGAAAAUGAUCCACUUGAAAAUGAUGAACUUGAUUAUAUUGAUAACGGGAGUUUUUUGGAUCUUGAGGAUUUAGAAGCUCAUUUACCCAACACUGGCCACUGUACUUAUUUUACAUUUACAACUGAACUAACACGUCGCAGUACGCGGCUGAGAGAAUCGCUUUUGAAAAGACAAUCUAAAGAUGAAAUUCAGCAUAGAUCCGCAAGUAUGAGAAAUAAUUCAAAGCGUCAAAGUCUUCGGCACAAAAAAUUCGAUGAUAAGUCUAGUGAGAAACGUAAAAAACGUCAAUCACAACGUAAAAAAACUGGAUUAGAAAAAUGCGACGACGCAACAGCAAAUUUAAACAGGGUACUGGUAGAAAGAAUGUUACUAAAAAACUCUGGUUUUAAUCAAGGGAGUCGAAGUGUCGGUGGUACGCCGAUUUGUUUGAGACGUAGAAAGCAUCACGACAUAAAUGAUAAUUUGUCGUCCUUGAGGCAGAAUGAAGAUCACCGCCGUAACUUUAUUCAUCCAAGUGUGAUGGAUAAUGACGUGGUAAAGCGCCGCUCAAACUCUGUAAGUUAUGUCAAUGGGAAUAUAUUAAAACAGCAGCGUAUGUCUGGAAAUUCUUAUAUGACAACCUUUGCAUCAGAACUUGCGCUUAUGGAAGCCGAUAGAGAAGCGGAUAGAAAAUAUCGCGAGCUUAUACUUGAAGCUGAAAAUAUUCUUGUAAAUAUGAAAAAUACCAGCAGUACAACAACAACAACUACUGCUACAAAUACUCGAAAUACUUCACCUGUUAUAAUGCCUUCGCCGUCACGACGUAUUCACAACGGGUUAGCUAAUAAACGAGUAGAAUUAAUUAAAAAUACCGAACUAAAUAUUGAAUUGGCAUUAUUAAAAAGCCGUAAUUCACAACCGGAACUACAGAGCGGAAAUAUACGUGAUAUUGAACACACUAGUCCUAAAAGACAAUUUAAUCAGCCUUGUUCACCGAUCCAUCGUUUUAUGGAACGUAAUUCUGGUAAUUUAAUAAAAGAUAAUUAUCAUUAUCGUCACGAUAAAUGCCCCGAUUCACCGGUUGUCUUACGCCAGACACCACAACAUUCCCCAUGCCGUAAUUUGGUACAGAAUCGCGUUUUAAUGAUGGAACAAGAGACAAAAGAUAGAUCGAGAUCGCGUGCCAUUGAAUUGAAUGGCAUUAGAUCGUUUAGUCAAGACGGUAGAUUAUCUAAAACUUUUACUAGAGAGCAAGCAUUAUCUCUUGCUCAAAAAAAGUCUAGUCUUAUGAUUAAAAAUGAAAUUCCAAGACAAACUAAAGAAGAUACGCUUACGUCAAGUUCUUCAGAGUCAGACGAUAGAUGUGAAUUGAGACGAGCACCUUUGAUGACAUUCAGAUCUAUUGAUAUGGGACCGAUUAAAGAAAGCACUUACUAUUGUCCUCAAAGUGAACCAGUAAAGAGAAAAGUUUACGCUGGUAGUGCAACAUAUGGAAGAAUACAAAAGACUUUAGGCGAGCAUGUUAUUUUGAGAAAUUCAGAUGGAGAUACUGCGACUGAUGACACAGAUGAUUCAAGACGGACAUUGAGAGAAAAAAUAGCACAAUUACGACAAGAACGUUUAGCAGCAGAAGCAAAUCUUAGUGCUCAAGACAACCAAAAUUUUCAGCAUCACCUGACACAGCUGCGAAGACAAAUGCUGAUGCACACGAUCGCAGGCCUAAAGCGUAGCCUCGAGGACCAGUCGGCUACUCUAAAGCAGACGUGCCUUCAGGACACGAUCCUCGACGACACGUUGCCUUGAAUCGAUACGAAAAACUUGUCCCUCAAAGUAUUUUCUUUUUUUAUUUUAACUUUUAACAUAAUACCUAAUUGUCUGUAUAGGUACAGAGGGGAUUUUUUUUUAACAGACAUCCUGCAGGGGGACUCACAUAUAUUUUUAUGUCUGUCUACAACUAAACGUGAGGAAGAUUAAAAGAAACGUCAAAGUCAUAUAUGACGUACUAUAUAAAAUAUUUUCAGGGUAUUUUUCCUGGUCGUUUAAACUUUUUACAAACGCGUGUUAUAACAGUCUCAAUGUUUAUUAAUAUACUGAAUAUACAAAUUAAUGGAAUUUAAAAUUCAUUACUCAUCUUCAUUAUCAUCAUACAUAGACAAAUUUUUAAAUUUAUUUCAAAAUCAAACUUCUUCAUAAUUUUUAUUUUAUUUUUAAUAGAAAUGGGCACAUUUUUUAGUGUAGAUAUAUUUUUUUUAUGGUCAUAUUCAAAUAUAUAUGUGUAUUAUAUAUAGUAAAUAGAUUAAAUUUGCUACGUAUAAAAAAUUAAUACAUUUAAAAUUUUUAAAAUGGCGGUAGUAAUUAUUCUCUAAACAAUACAUCAGUAAUCACUAGUACAUAUAAAGUAGAUAUUUAAAAAUUAUUAUCCAUCAAUCAAUAACCAAAUAAAUUAUAUUCUUAACACCCUAAUGAAUAUGACCCACUUAGAAGUAUUUAUAUAUUAUUUAACUCCAUUGCUUUUUUCUAAAGUA